AUGACAGAUGGCUACUUGUGGUUUGAAGAAAUAUGUUUCCCUGUGGUUGGUUACAGCUAUGAAGUUUUGAAAGAAGCAUGUGCUCAGUUUGUGAUAAAGGAUGAAGACACAGUAUUGGUGACCUACCCCAAAUCAGGAACCAACUGGAUGAUUGAAAUUCUCUCCCUGAUUCACUCCAAUGGUGAUACGAAGUGGAUUCGAUCUGUGCCCACCUGGGAACGCUCACCCUGGAUAGAGACAGAUAAUGGUUAUAAACGUUUAAAUAAGAGAGAAGGCCCGCGGCUCAUGUCCUCUCACCUCCCCUUCCAUCUCUUCCCCAAGUCUCUAUUCACUUCCAAGGCCAAGGUGAUCUAUAUCAUGAGAAAUCCCAAAGAUGUUCUUGUGUCAGGUUAUUAUCAUCGGAUUAUGACAAAAGUAUGUAAGAAACCAGAGUCACUGGAACAGUAUUUUCAGUGGUUCAUCCAAGGAAACGUGCCCUAUGGAUCAUGGUUCCAGCACAUUCGUGGCUGGAUGUCCAUGAGAGACAGAGAGAACGUCCUGCUACUGAGUUAUGAAGAGCUGCAGAAGGACCCAAGAAGCACCAUAGAGAGGAUCUGUCAGUUCCUGGGAAAGAAGUUGACUCCAGAAGAACUGGACUCAGUUUUCAAGAACAGCUCCUUCCAAGUCAUGAAUCAAAACAAGAUGUCCAACUUUCAAAUGUUGCCUGAAACUUUCAUUAUUAAGCCUUUCUUAAAUACAAGAAAAGGCAUCUGUGGGGACUGGAAGAAUCACCUCACAGUGGCCCAAGCUGAAGCCUUUGAUAAAGUUUACCAGGAGAAGAUGUUGGCUUUCCCCAAAGGGCUGUUCCCAUGGGAGUAACCUCUGACAGAUCCAGGAUCUUCCAUGGACACUGUGAUGGUUUUCCUGUCCUGGGACAUGUUCAGGACUGAAGGGUUCUUCACAUAAAAACCACUUCUACAUGAAAAGUGUGAGGGGAGGAUAG